AUGACCAUUUACGAUGCGCUGGGAUUACUAGCGCACUUCCUUAUGUUACUGAUGAUAUUUCAGCAAGAAAUUUGGCCUGAAGAUACAGAAACCAGGGAAUGUAGGUUGGAACAAGUCUAUCUAGAGCGGGCAGCUAGAGAAACAGCAGGUUACGUGGCCUCCCACAAGUGGAAUCGGUCAGCGUACCAAGAUGCGUCGGAGAACGGCUUCGCUGCAGCCGCCUAUCUGCGGUUCGAAGAAGAGGGUAAAGUGAAAUGUGCGCUCAUUCGCGCGAAGACAAUAGUAGCCCCGUUACAAUUCGUGCCGAUUCCCAGACUAGAGCUACAAGCCACCUAG